AUGGUAGAGGAGAACACCAGAGUGGCAGCUGAGGGGUCGUCUAAAAUGAGCAAAUGUGUGUUGUCACACUCCAUCGCAGAAAUACUGAGGAAGCCAUGUAGGCAGAUCGACCAGCAACAGCUGACUGAGAAAGAGAACGGCGGACCCGACACAGAAGAAGGGAAAAAGAUGGAUGUUGACUCACAGAUACCCAGCAAAUCCACAGGGGGCCAUUGUAACAGGGUGAGCCGGCGUCGGGUGCGUACGGCCUUCACGGCGGCCCAGCUGGAGAUGCUGGAGAAGGCCUUCCAGAAGACUCCCUACCCUGACGUCUACACCAGGGACAAGCUCGCCUCCAGCACGCAGCUCUCCGACGGCAAAGUUCAGAUAUGGUUUCAGAACCGCCGAGCAAAAUGGAGGAAGGCUGAGGCCCAAUUCAAGACCAACCAUGUUCCUACAUUACUGAGUGAGAAUGUGCCUCAUCUCUCUCCCUUCACUGGACAUGGUCAUCAGCUGUUUCACCAUCCCCUGCCACAAAACCACUUCCUGUUUGAACCAUCAUCGCCGCCUCUGAUUAGCUCAUCCAUGUGUACGUCACCAAGGUUUCUCCCCUAUCCACCAUCAAGCUUGUUCCUGCCCCAUGCUCAGUGA